AGCCCCGAGGACCCGCGGCCGCCAUGACCCCCGGCACGGCCCUGGCGCCCCCCGAGAACGGCACGUGCGUGCUGGACGACAGCGCCCUGCAGACGCCGCUGGCGCUGCUGUACUCGCUGAUCUUCGCCCUGGGUCUGGUGGGGAACCUGGUGGCCCUUUGGGCCUUCUUCUGCGUCCACUCCAAGAUGAACUCUGUGCGCGUGUUCCUCAUCAACGUGGCCUUCGCCGACCUGCUGCUGGUGGUCUGCCUGCCCUUCAGGAUCCUCUACCACAGCCGGAAAAACAGCUGGGACCUGAGCCCCACGCUGUGCGUGGUGGUGGGCAACCUCUUUUACAUGAACAUGUACGUGAGCAUCAUCCUGCUGGGGCUGAUCAGCGUGGACCGCUACGUGAAGAUCCACCACGGCACGAGGGCCAGGCGGCUGUCCGGAAAGUGGAGUUCCGUCCUCUGUGCCGUUGUCUGGUUGGGGGUUUUUGCCACCAUGUUGUACCUCGUCGUCAACAUCUGUGACUCGAACAUGGCGCAGCGCAAGUGUUUCCACUUCAAGGCGCUCGGUGAAGGGGAGCACUGGAAAGCCUACAUCAACAUGGCCGCCUUGGCCGUCUUCUGGCUGGUGUUCGUCUGUCUGAUGGUGUCGUACGGGAAGAUCGCCCUCAAGCUUCGGAGGAGAUCGCGGGACAAACCGGACCUGCCCAACGCGCCCCACUACUCGCGCAGCGCCAGGAAGUCGUCCUUCGUCCUCUUCGUGUUCACCGUCUGCUUCGUCCCCUACCACAGCGUCAGGGUUUUCUACAUAGCCACGCAGAUCACGGAGGUGUCCUGUUUGUGGAAGAACGUGGCCGACAAGGCCAACGAGAUGACCCUGCUGCUGUCCGCCCUCAACAGCUGCCUGGACCCCGUCCUGUACUUCGUCCUGUCCUCCCCGGUGAGGAAGGAGGUGCUGCGGCUGAUGGACAGAUUGUUUCACGUGCGUGACGUGGCCGGCAGCAGCGGGAGCAGCUCCACCGCCGACGUGGAGUACAAGAAAGGCAGCUCCAGCAAAAAAUAGGCAACCUCUGACUUUACAAAACUCCCCGAAAUCCAGCGUUGCCAGAUCGUCGGCGAAAAUUGUGAACCUCUGCCCUCAUAAAGGAUGCGCGUUAUAGGACAAAAUUCAAACUACUUACUCAUUUCAGUAUAAAUAUAUGUGUGAAAGAUAGGCUGGACAGUUUGACUGGUCAUCUCCCAGCAAAAACAAUGAAAUGACCACUCUUUUUCCUCACUUUGUGAAGGUGCUGUUCCUUCUAAGAACACUUGAGAGGACGAUGUGUGUUUAAUGAUACCGAGUUGUGGAUAGUUCCAGGAGACAUUUAGCCCACUUUUUCCUGUAAAGGCGCGAUAGGAUGGCCAACAGAUCGGGCUUACAGGUUAAGGAACUGUAUCCUCAAGAUUCCCAGAGUUAAAAGCAAAAGGGCACAGCUAGCGUCUGUCAUCAAGCUGCUCUCUGGUUGGCUGUGAGCGGCGGCUUCAUGCGAAGCCUCAUGAAGACAUUUCCACAGACGUCUCAACGGGAAGCAGGCAGAGCGAGAUCAAUUCAUGCUCUGAGGCACAGCCCCUCCUGCUGUGCAUGUCAGGAAAUGGCUGAUUGUUCUCCGGAGAGGGGUUUGUUGUAAAGCGCGAGUCAAGUCUGCACCGUUCCUCGACAUAUAGACAGACAGGGGUGGAAACCGAGGGCCCUGACUCAACCGGAGCAGAAACCAAACAGCCAGAAAUGAAGGAUUACCAAGGCUGGAGAAGGAUAAAGGUCACACCGAUUCACCGGCUCAUGAAUCAAUGUGUCCUCUGCAGAAAUACACUACACAACAAAGAGAAUUUGAAAAAAAAAAAAGGAGAGUUAACUGCGUGCUGAUAGAGAAUUCACCUCAGCUCCAGAUUGAUUAUCGUCUUCCGGCCUGUGAAGCUGGAUGGACUACAUGAUUAGUUAUUCCAUAAGGAACCUAGAACAGUAGCAACAAGCUUGAUUCUUAUUCUCUUUACUCCUCUGGGGUGAGCGGCAGACCAAACAGGGACGGAUGUAGAGUAUUUAGGACAAACGGCCGGAACCCCGACCGGAAGGAAACACUCUGCUUUGCACUUAAUGGUGAUUUGUAUGUCUUAUUUUUUAAAUAAAAAACGUUUGGUUACAGCAUCAUGAUGGAAAGAUUUUUGAACACACACACACACACAUACGGACACACAGAAGAUUCUUCCCUUUCUCUGCUGCAACAGGAGCGCCCCCUUAAGGCCGAUUAGAUGUAUAAACUUUGGAG